AUGGCGGUGGACUUCCCGCCCCGCAGGCUCACGGUCGUCGUCCUCACGGCCACGCGCCGCCGCCCGGAGCGGGCGCCGCUGCUGGAGCGCGCUGUCCGCGCGGCGGCGGCGCAGCGCGUCUCCUCGGCGACGGCACUCGAGGUCCUCGUGCUCGACGACGGCCCGGACGCAGCGGGCUGGCCGUACGUGCGAGCCGCCGUCUGCGGCGUGGAUCGAGCGCGGCUGUGCGGCGCCGACAGCGCCGUCGCGGAGGGCCACGUCGCCGUGCGGUACGUCGCCGUGCCUCCAGACGCGACGGGCCGCGUGUGCCUGCGGCUCAAGCGCAACCUCGCGCUCGAGCUGUGCAGCUUGUCGGGCACGGACGCCAUCCUCUUUUGCGACGACGACGACUGGCGCUCGGCCGACGCGGCGCAGGCGCAGCUCGACGCCCUCGCUCGCACCGGCGCCGACGCGUGCUCCGUGCAGGUGCGCUGCGUGUGCGAGCUGUCCGCCUCGCGCGGCUGCGCCUCGUACUUUGAGAUGCCGGCGGCGGGAGGCGGCGGCGUCUUCUCCGCGGAGCUGGGCAACCCCGGCACCGCGCUGCUGCUCCGGAAGACGUGGGCGCCCGGCUCGGACGACCCUCCCGGCUUUCCAGACACGCCGUACGAGGCGCGACGCCUCGCGUGCGCCUCGCUGGCGGUGGUGGCAGAGGAUCGGCGGCUCUGA